AUGUGGGUUAAUGAGGUAUUCAAAGGGAAAAGCAUUGAUCCAAAUUUAAAUAAUUCUCUUAUUGUGCUUAUCCCAAGAACUCAGAAUCUUGUGGAGUUCUCUCAGUUCCAGCCAAUCAGCUUAUGUUCUGUUAUUUAUAAGCUGGUCAUGAAGAUCAUUGCCAAUCAAUUUAAAGUGGUCUUUCCGAGGCUCCUAGCUCCCGAGCAAGUUGGUUUUGUUGCAGGAUGGAAUAUCACUGACAACAUCAUCAUUGCUCAAGAGGUUAUUCAUUCCAUGAGAGGUAAGGCUAUUGAUAUUGGUAAUUGUUAUCCUAAUAGGUUGUCCCAUGGUGGCCCACCAUUAUCUCAUCUUUUCUUUGCUGAUGACUUGAUACUCUUUGGUCAUGCCGAUGGAAAUCAAGUUCGAGUCAUCAAAAGUGUGGAUGACAACUUGAGGGAGCGUAUAAGUGAUUUCUUUGGUUUUCAAAAAGUUACUAAUUUGAGGUAUUACCUUGGAGUUCCAUUUCUUCAUGACAAAGUGUGCAUAAUAAAUUAUCUAGCUGGAAUGCCAAACACUCUGAGUUUUGUGGUGGAAAGGGUGCAUAAUAACUUAUCUAGCUGGAAUGCCAGUCAACUUUCUUUAGCUGGAAGGGUUACUUUGGCACAAUCUGUUCUUCACUCAAUUCCCACUUAUUUCAUGCAGACAAUGAUGGUUCCCAAAGGUAUCAGUGAUGAGAUCAAGCACAUAGUUCGAAAAUUUGUCUGGGGAGCUCAUAAUGGCAGCUUAAAGACGGCCUUGGUUAAUUGGGAUUCUGUUUGCCAACCCAAGUCUCACGGAGGUCUUGGUCUCAGACAGUUGAAAGACCACAAUACCUCCUUCAUGAUGAAGGUUGGUUUCAACAUCAUUUCUAAUACUAAUGCCCUCUAG